UUAUAAAUGAAGUCGAUAACGAACCAGCCGCAAAAGCUGUCGAAGUUGUUUUGACCUAUUUGAAAAAAAAUCCCAACUAUGGCAUUUCGAUCCAGCUUGAUCAAGUCGAAGCCAAUAAAACGGAUGCUAAAAUACUUUUGGAAGCAAUUUGCACCAAGUAUGCAGAAAGUAUUGAAAAGAAGCAGCCGCCGCAUGUCGUAUUCGAUACUACUAAAUCUGGAAUAGCUUCAGAAACUGUCAAAUCAUUUACACAAGCACUCGGAUUGCCUACGGUUAGUGCAUCUUACGGUCAAGAGGGCGAUUUAAGACAAUGGCGUGACAUGGAAGAGAAUAAACAGAAAUACUUAUUACAAGUAAUGCCUCCAGCGGAUCUGAUUCCAGAGGUUGUACGUAGUAUUGUGCGAAAAAUGAAUAUCACAAAUGCAGCAAUACUUUACGAUGAUACAUUCGUCAUGGAUCAUAAGUAUAAGUCGUUAUUGCAAAAUAUACAGACACGUCACGUCAUCACUGCUAUUGCUAAAGAUGGUAAAAGGGAACGUGAGGAGCAAAUUGAAAAACUACGCAAUUUAGAUAUCAAUAAUUUCUUCAUAUUGGGAAAUUUACAGUCUAUACGUAUGGUUUUAGAAUCGGUGAAGCCGGCAUAUUUUGAACGAAAUUUUGCUUGGCAUGCUAUAACACAAAGUGAGGGGGAAGUGCGCAGUCAACGUGAUAACGCCACUAUUAUGUUUCUUAAACCCAUGGCAUACACCAAAAAUCGUGAUCGCUUAGGUUUGUUGAAGACCACAUUUAAUCUCAACGAAGAGCCACAGAUAUCUUCUGCGUUCUAUUUCGAUUUGGCGCUGAGGACAUUUCAGGCAAUAAAGGAAAUGUUGCAAUCUGGAGCCUGGACGAAGAAUAUGGAAUAUUUGGCAUGCGACGAUUAUCAAGGAGGUAACACUCCAGAGAGAAAUCUUGAUCUGAAACAAUAUUUUAUACAAGUGAAUGAAGCCACUUCUUAUGGCACAUUUGAAUUGGUCACGCAACCUGGUAAACCCUUUAAUGGCUUUAGUUACAUGAAAUUCGACAUGGAUAUUAAUGUGCUGCAAAUACGGGGUGGUAACUCUGUUAAUACUAAAUCAAUAGGCACAUGGACGGCUGGCUUGGAUUCACCAUUGGUUGUUAAAGAUGAAGAAAUAAUGAAAAAUCUUACAGCAGACACUGUAUAUCGAAUAUUUACUGUCGUGCAACCACCAUUCAUAAUUAAAGAUGAAACCGCUCCAAAAGGAUAUAAAGGAUAUUGUAUCGAUUUAAUUAAUGAAAUUGCAAAAAUUGUACAUUUCGACUAUACAAUUCAGGAAGUGGAGGAUGGUAAAUUCGGAAAUAUGGAUGAAAAUGGUGAAUGGAAUGGAAUUGUUAAGAAAUUAAUAGACAAGCAAGCAGAUAUCGGCUUGGGUUCAAUGUCUGUAAUGGCAGAACGUGAAAUUGUCAUUGACUUCACGGUACCAUAUUAUGAUUUGGUAGGAAUAACUAUAAUGAUGCAGCGACCCAGCACACCAAGUUCAUUAUUCAAAUUUCUCACCGUACUGGAGACCAAUGUUUGGCUUUGUAUACUGGCAGCGUACUUCUUUACCAGUUUUCUUAUGUGGGUCUUUGAUCGUUGGAGCCCCUACAGUUACCAAAACAAUCGCGAAAAAUACAAAGAUGACGAUGAGAAACGAGAAUUCAAUUUAAAAGAAUGCCUCUGGUUUUGCAUGACGUCACUCACACCGCAGGGAGGUGGUGAAGCACCCAAAAAUUUAUCUGGUCGUUUAGUUGCUGCAACUUGGUGGCUUUUUGGAUUCAUAAUAAUUGCGUCGUACACUGCUAAUUUGGCCGCCUUCUUAACUGUUUCACGCUUGGAUACGCCAGUGGAGUCUCUAGAUGAUCUAGCAAAGCAGUAUAAAAUUUUGUAUGCACCUCUCAACGGUUCCUCAGCAAUGACUUAUUUCGAGCGCAUGGCUGAUAUCGAACAGAUGUUUUACGAAAUAUGGAAGGAUUUGUCUUUAAAUGAUUCUAUGACACCUCUGCAACGUUCUAAAUUAGCUGUGUGGGACUAUCCUGUUAGCGAUAAAUAUACUAAAAUGUGGCAAGCAAUGCAAGAAGCUGGUCUACCUGCGACACUGGAAGAGGCUGUCACACGAGUACGUAACUCCACUACUGCAACUGGUUUUGCAUUUCUAGGUGAUGCUACCGACAUACGUUACUUGGUCAUGACAAAUUGUGAUCUGCAAGUGGUCGGAGAGGAGUUUUCGCGAAAACCAUAUGCAAUCGCUGUGCAACAAGGCUCCCAUUUAAAAGAUCAAUUCAAUAAUGCUAUCUUAACUCUACUUAACAAGCGACAAUUGGAAAAACUCAAAGAAAUAUGGUGGAAAAAUGAUGAGGCUCAAGCAAAAUGUGAUAAACCAGAAGAUCAGUCGGACGGCAUUUCUAUACAAAAUAUCGGUGGAGUAUUCAUUGUCAUCUUUGUCGGCAUAGGUAUGGCAUGCAUUACUCUAGUCUUUGAAUAUUGGUGGUACAAAUAUCGUAAGAAUCCACGUAUCAUCGAUGUUGCCGAGGCAAGUGCUCCAACAAAAGAAGCUAAAAUGGUCGAAGGUAUUAUUUUAGGUCAUUCUGGAAAAGAAUAUGAAAAGGCUAAUGUUGCUCUUCGCCCACGCUUUAAUCAGUAUCCGGCUACAUUUAAGCCAAGGUUCUAAAAAGGAACCAAAAUUUAAUUUUUAAUACUACAUCUUUACUAUGAACAAAUUCAGUUUUUGCACUCGCAUUAAAAAAAUUUGUAUUAAUGAUGU